AUGACAGCCAGCAGUCAACCUGAGUUUGCAUGGAUCAUGAUCCACUUUGGCCGCGAAACAAUACGGAAAACGGACCAAGAGCUCCUCCAACAUGCCAAAGAACAGAUUAAGACCAAAAAUGUAUUGAUAAGUUUAGUCGACAGAGCGGUUAUGGGUCCAACACUCAAAAUCAAAGUUUUGGGCACGUUUCAUAACCGGUCCUUUCAAGAGCAGCUUGAUGAGGCCGGGGCUCAGGUGGAUAAGUGGAUCGUUGAUUUGGAAGGUGAAGGCCUUCCAUUUGUUUUUGCAGAUAUCUUCUUGGCUUGGAGUAAUUAG